AUGGCAGACCCACCAUCAAGCCAAAUUUUCUCGCACGUCAGAUCAAAACCUGAAACCUGUAGAGAAAAGAAGACAAACAAGUUCAGAAUCGGAUGUAACAUGCAGAAGUACGCAAGUUUUGCCCCGUGUGUCCACGAAAACCCCAAAACCCUAGUUUCUGCUAGCCCUUACACCUUGUGUCCACAGACUUCCGGAUUGCCAUUGGAGUGUUGGCAGAGCGAAGGCAGGCUCCCAAGUGGGGUUCCGAUGGAGGGGGUGGAGGGGAUGUUGAUGAAACUGCAACUGUCAUCGGAGGAGAAGAGAAGCAUCAAGUUUGAGGCGGAGGCGGGGAGCGGGGAGAAUGAUCGCCCACCUCAGGCGGUCGCGAAGCUAUUCUCGGAGAGGAACAUUCGUCCUGAUGUCAUUGAGCAGUCUGUGGGGUGGAUCUGGUGUCCAACGAGGGGAAUCUCAUGCAAAGAUCUUGGAGAUAAUGUCUUCUUGAUCUCGUUCAACCAGACGUCGGGUUUGAGGAGGGCGUUGGAUGAUGGGCCUUGGAUGAUUUCAAAGGAACUCCUGGUGGUUAUGGAGUUUGAUGAGGCGAAAUCGGUGGAUGAAUUUGACUUCUCCGUUGUUCCGAUCUGGAUGCGGGUGGAGCGCCUUCCUCUGGGUCUGAUGAAUCGGGGAGCAGCUAGGGCGAUUGGUGAUGAUGUUGGAGAGUUCAUGGAGGUGGAUGCGGAUGGAAGUGACUUGGCGGCGGGGAGAGAUCUGCGUCUCAAGGUCCGGAUGGAUAUCCGCAAACCUCUCUGUCGGGGCAUCUUAGCGGAUCUAGGACCAAACAAAGGAGAUCGGUGGUGCCCGAUCACUUAUGAACACUUUCCUGAUUUCUGCUACAUUUGCGGGCUGAUCGGUCAUGUGGAUCGCGCUUGUUUGAAGAAGUUGGGGAAGGGUGAGAAAGCCCCAUACAGUAGGGAGUUGCGGUAUAUACCACCUCGUAAGCCGAUCGGGGGAUUUGGAGGAUCGGUGUCGUGGAGAGAUGGGCAUUCUGAUAGCUGGAGCAGUGGAGGCAAGUCUCGGUCAGAUGGUCCUUCUUGGUGGAAGGAUGUAGAGAAGGGAGAUGUGAAGGUGAUCAAAGGAAGGAAGGAUGAUGGGGAAGAGGUGACGAGCCCUAUAAAGGAGAUGCAACUCUCGGAGAAGACCCCAGGUGCAGUGAGGACUGAGCUGUUUCCAAAGGAGGUGGGAGAUGAGCAUAGUAAGGGGCACAUGAACAGUACCAUGCAAAAAGCCUAG